CAGUUUUGUAUUCUUCAUCCAAAGCUCAAGACUCCAAGCAGCCUUCAACCACAAUGCAGAACUCAUGUGCCCCCGUGCAGAACCUCUCGUUCGUCCUCGAAAAGGGUGGCGCAGUCAAGUUUGAAGACCGUCCUGUGCCGGAGAUUGUGGACCCCCACGACGUGAUCGUCAACGUCCGCUACACGGGAAUUUGUGGAAGUGAUGUGCACUACUGCACGCACGGCUGUAUUGGCAAGUACGUGGUGGACAAGCCCAUGGUUCUAGGACACGAGUCUGCAGGUGUCGUGCAUGCCGUGGGAUCCGCCGUCAAGUCUCUCAAGGUGGGCGACGAAGUGGCCAUGGAACCCGGAGUUCCGUGCCGCCGAUGUGCGCGUUGCCGUGAGGGUAACUACAACCUGUGCCCGGACAUGGCAUUCGCAGCCACGCCCCCGUACGACGGCACUCUGACCAAGUACUACCGCAUCCCCGAGGAUUUCUGCUACAAGCUGCCGUCCAACGUCAGUAUGCAGGAAGGAGCGAUGCUAGAACCCACGGCUGUGGCUGUGCACUUCUGCCGUCUGGCUAAAGUGACCCCGGGCCACAAGGUCGUGGUGUUUGGUGUCGGCCCCGUGGGUCUGUUGACUUGCAAAGUGGCCCGACACGUGUUCGGUGCCACGACGGUCGUCGGCGUGGACGUCAACGAGAAGCGUCUCGCGGUUGCCAUGGAGCACGGCGCAACGCACGUGUUCCAGGGACGACCGGGUACGACGCCUCAGGAGACUGCUGAGCAGAUUAUUGCAGAGUGCGGACUGGGCGACGGCGCCGACAUCGUGAUCGACGCGAGUGGAGCUGAGUCCUGCAUCCAGACGGCAGUCUACGUUGCACGCAACGGUGGCACGUUCACACAGGGAGGUAUGGGCAAGACGGACAUCAUGUUCCCGAUUGGCAUCAUGUGUGGCAAGGAGCUGCGUGUUACUGGCAGCUUCCGCUACUCCGCAGGUGACUACCAACUGGCGCUGGACAUGGUUGCAAGUGGAAGGCUAGGCGUCAAGGAGCUUAUCUCGAAGACUGUGCCGUUUGAGGAAGCCAAGGAGGCGUUCGACAACGUCAAGCGCGGGAAUGGCAUCAAGUGGCUCAUUGAAGGACCCAACUAAGUGCUAGUAGUUGUACCGGAUGAAGAUUAUGAACCCCCUUUAUAAAACAGUAUUUCUUUAACCCCAAA